AUGAAUGGUCUAAGAGAACCAAUUUUGGGUUUUAGGUUAUCAAUUCUAUCACCACCACCACUACUAUUGGUGGGAGACACCCCAUUGCGUUCUUUGCACAGACAAGAAAUGCUGAUCCAUGCAAUUUGUUUCUUCACUGGGGCCGCAAGGAGAGCUACUGCAGAGGAUUUUUUUCUAGUUUCUUAUGUGCUUUGGUCAAAGAAUCAGCCUGGGAAAACUAGUUGGGUAGAUGCAGAAGGUGGUGGAGUAGCUGUUUCUUCUGAUCAUGGAAGGGAAGGGACUUGGAAGCACGCCGCCUUCCAUAUCGCUACUACAAUUGCCACUCCGGCAGCUUAUGCUCCUCUGCCGUUUGCUUUUGCUUCUCUGGGUUGGCCUCUUGGUUUAUGGAGUUUGGUGGCUGCAACGUUAGCGACAUGGUACUGUAGUCUUUUGAUUGCUGCCCUGUGGAAGUGGAAUGGGAAGGAACACACUACUUAUCGGCAUUUAGCCAAGAGUAUCUUUGGGCCCUGGGGUUAUCGGUCCGUUACAUUUUUUCAGCAGGUGGCUUCUCUAGGCAAUAACAUCGCCAUCCAAAUUGCUGCCGGAGGCAGCCUGAAGGCAGUUUAUAAGUACUGUCAUCCAAAUGGAACCUUAACCUUACAGCACUUCAUUGCCUUCUUUGGAAUUUUUCAACUAAUUCUAUCACAUCUCCCAGAUAUUCACUCACUGAGAUGGGUGAAUGCAUUGAGCACUUUCAGCACAAUAGGAUUUGCUGGCACAAUCAUUGGUGUGACCAUCUAUGAUGGCAAGAAGAUUGAUAAAAGUACAAUUAGUUAUGGAUUACAAGGAAGCAGCUCUACUAAGGGAUUCAAAGCCUUCAAUGCCCUAGGGGCAAUCGCCUUUUCAUUUGGAGAUGCAAUACUUCCAGAAAUACAGGAUACGCUGAGGGAACCCGCGAAGAAGAACAUGUAUAAAGGUGUUUCAGCUGCAUACACAGUGAUUGUCUUGACUUAUUGGCAGGUAGCCUUCACAGGUUUCUGGACUUUUGGAUCAGAAGUUCAACCUUAUAUCCUGUCUUCCCUCACAGUUCCACAGUGGGCAAUUGCCAUGGCUAACAUUUUUGCAGUUAUUCAAGUAUCAGGGUGUUAUCAGAUAUACUGUAGACUAACUUUUGCCUGUUUUGAGGAUAGAAAGAGCUCCAAAAAGGCCGAAGAACAGUUUCAGAUCGGAAGGCUAGUGCAAUAUGUUGCUCUUCGUUUGGCUUAUAUUGUUAUCGUUACUACAAUUUCUGCCACAACACCUUUCUUUGGGGAUUUUGUUUCAAUCUGUGGAGCCAUUGAUUUCACACCCCUAGACUUUGUCUUCCCUGCUAUAGCAUUUCUGAAAGCUGGAAAAAUGCCCAAGCAAUCUAGCCUUGGCUAUUUUGUGAAGGUCCUAAACAUCAUCAUUGCCACUUGGUUUUCCAUUGUUUCUAUACUGGGUUGCAUUGGGGCAGUCCAGUUCAUCGUACAAGAUGUUAACACUUACAAGUUCUUUCAUGAUAUGUGACAUUUGUUAAGCUUUUCUUCCCUAUAGUCUUAUCUUCUUUACAAAUGAUCACUAUUACAUUAGUGUAUUGGACAUGACAAAUACUUUUUUGGCCAACUCUGCUUCCCUUGGAUUGGUGAAACAUGGACCAAGCUUCUUGGCCUAGCAACUGAAUUGUGAAGUCACAGAAAGAAGCUUGUUAAAAGUUUCUGAAGCUUUAGAAACAGUAAGUUCAAGAAAUGUACGGUA